AUGCAGGCACCCGAACAGACGUCGUCAUCAUCGUCGGGUGGUCCGCCCUUGCGUGAUUCGCAGGACUCGGAUGCCGAGGCCAUGGCGUCAGGGGGCGCCUCCGUACGCACCAUCACCUGCGUCGUGGUCGGCGACGCGGCGGUGGGCAAGACGUCCCUCCUCACGGCCCUCACCAUCAAGGACAACUCGGGGAUGGGACGGGGCGAACAGGGAAUGGAGUACCACAAGAAGGUGCCCCUCAUCGGCAACGACGGCGAGGUGGAGGAGACGGUGUACUUGCGGCUGAUCGAUACGCCCGGCGAGAUGCACGACACGCGCGGACCCAAGCACUACCCGUCGGCCGAUGUCUUUCUCAUCUGCUUCUCCAUCAUCUCCCCCACCUCCGUACACAGCGUCCUCGACCGAUGGGUGCCGGGCGUGCGACAAGCCAACCCCAAAGCGCCCAUCGUACUUGUCGGCAUGAAAGUCGACCUUCGACACGACGCGGACAUACUGCGACGACUAGCCGAGCGCAACUUUAGUCCGGUGACGGAGCAGCAAGGGCAGGAGCUGCAGCAGCAGAUCGGCGCCCUCGAGUACUUUGAGAUUACCACAUCCGAGAUCGAAGUCCUCGACCUCCUCGCCACUGAGGUGGUGCGUGGGGCGGUGGGAAAGCCAAAGCCGAGGAAGGGCGGCAAGAAGGACAAACAAAAGAAGGACAGCAAGCAGAAGAGCAGCGGCGGCAGCAAGUCGCUGUCGGGCAGCAGCGCGAGCCCCAAAGGGGAGGUGCGGAGCGGUGACAAGGUCCGGCACAAGAACAAGAAGGGGUGUCUCUUGUCCUAA